GUCGUCGAGCACGGCUCGGCGCUCCGCCGUGGUUUCGGUUGAGCAUUCUUGGCAACGUCUCGCUCAGGGAACAGCAACUGGAGGCUGCUUGCUUUUUUUCUCACCAUGACUGGAGACUAAUUUUAAUGUGGGUCUUCGCCGCGAUUUCAUCAAGAUUUUAAUUGGACUUCUAACCAUCGAAGGAGGAGGUCCAUGAUGGAUCAGUGAAGUGAGUUCUGUAGAAGAACAGGGAUGUUUUUGGGCGUGGUGCCCUUUCCUCUCUGUCAUCCUUCCUGACAUGGGAUGCCAGCCCCCUACCCACCUGGCCUCCAUCUUGCCCUGAGCUCCCUGAGGGCACCAUGAACAGCUACAGAGACAGGGGGGUGACCUGCACCUCCUCGGACCUUCCGGACGGGGUAGGCGAAGGCGGGGCGCUUCAGCACCCGCCGUAUCGCCACACCCCCAAUGGCCACCUGGUCCAAACGGACGCGACUCUGCAGCCCCGCGUCUCGGUACCCAAAAUGGGGGUCCGCGCUCGGAUCGCCGAGUGGCCCCCGCGUCGGGCCCAGUCCAGAGAGUCGCUGCUUGAAAACGGCCAGAUGAGCAACCACCACAACGGCGACGACCGCUCGGCGGCGGCGGCGCUGUCUUCGGACGUGGGGUUGGUACGAGGCGGAGUGGCCCGGUUGCCGCGGCGCUGGUCCAAAGACGUUGAGUUUCGAGGCGGAGCGUUCGCGGCUGAGCGAGGUACAACUUUGAACCUCCGCGCCUUCCCCCCGCUGAGGCAACGCUCCAACAGUGAGGUGACGCUGAGUGAACAAGAUGAGAACGAGGCGGAGGUCCGUGGCACGGGAGCGAUGGUCACCUUGUUCAGGGAGUACGGCAGCAGCUCCUCCAUCGACGUCCAGGGCAUCCCCGAGCAGAGCUUUUUCGACAUGCUCACCCAGUUCCACCAGGAGAGGCCCGACCAGCGCAGCUCGGCGCCGUCGCGUCUCCGAGAACUUCUGCGCACCACCGACUCCCAACCGGCCGGCGCUCCCUCGCCCGCUUCCACGCUCAACGGGGACGAGCGAAGGAAAGACGGAGGUGAGCGGGUGAGGAAGAAAAGCGGCGGCACCGAAUCGUCGCUGGGCACCACCUCGUCCUUGUUCAAGAAGCUUCGGAGCGCCAGCAGGGUGGAGCUGGAUAGCGGCAAGGGAGAAACCAGCGAAGACGCUGGACGGGGUUCGUCCGAUGCCCCUUACAAGGCGUGGGUGUGCCCAAAGAGCUUCGUCCAUUACGACGCACAGAGUAUCCUCUUUGACCUCCACGAGGCGGCAGCUCAACGGGACUCUGUGACCCAGCGGAGGAACACGGCCACUGGGGCAUCGGCCGCCUCCGUGUCUCUCUCCGCGCCCAGGUCCUUGCCUCCGAGCGCUACCGAACCCGUGUACGCCAGCAUCGAGGACUUAACUAUGGCCCUGGACCCAAGCACAACCACACCUUCCACGGUCCCGGAGCCCACGGACGUUCCUCCCGGGGCCAACGGCUCGAGCUCGCUGCUCCUCAGCUGCCCGCACUUCCUUAACGAGAUAGGCGGCCACGGGGAACGUAACAUAAGCUUCCUCAGCUCAUCGGCCGAGCGAGGAGAAGGACGAGGAGAUGGAGCGAGGGGCUGGUUGAGGAGGAGUAACGCCAGCAUCUCCGUGGUGGAGAUGCCCGUUGAACUGCAGGUCACGAGGUUGGAGAGACUUAAAGAGUACAGCAUAGAGCACGUUGACCUCGGGGCUAGGUACUACAGGGACUAUUUCCACGGGAAAGAACACUCCAACUAUUUCGGUACCGACGAAAAGCUGGGCCCGGUGGCCGUGAGCGUCCGCAGGGAGAAACUAGACGACACCAAAGACCUGAAAGACCAAUACCAGUACCGGCUGAUUGUGCGAACCAGUGAGCUGGUAACGCUGCGAGGAUCCAUCUUGGAGGACGGGGUGCCGUCAACGGGGAGACACGGCACGGUGCGCGGCCUUCCCCUCAAGGAGGUCUUGGAGCAGGUGGUCCCCGAACUCAGCGUCUCCUGUUUGAGGCUCGCGGUGGGCACGCCGAAAGUCACGGAGCAGCUCCUUAAACUGGACGAGCAAGGGUUAAGUCAGAAGCACAAGGUGGGUGUUCUGCUGUGCCGUGCGGGCCAGAGCACCGAGGAGGAGAUGUACAACAACGAGGAGGCGUCGCCCGCCUUCUCUGCCUUCCUGGAGCUGCUGGGCGAGCAGGUGCUCCUCAAAGGUUUCAGCAAAUACGCCGCGCAGCUCGACACAAAGACUGACUCAACAGGCACCCACUCCUUGUACACCACCUACCAGGGCUACGAAGUCAUGUUCCACAUCUCCACCAUGCUGCCCUACAUGCCCAACAACCCGCAGCAGCUUCUUCGAAAGAGACACAUCGGGAACGACAUCGUCACCAUCAUCUUUCAGGAGCCCGGAGCUUUGCCGUUCACCCCUCAGAAUAUCCGCUCGCACUUCCAGCACGUUUUUCUCAUCGUCCGUGUGCACAAUCCUUGUUCGGAAAACACCUGCUACAGUGUUGCCGUGACAAGAAUGAAGGACGUGCCGCCUUUUGGCCCAGCCAUCCCAAGCAGCGUCACCUUCCGUGACCCGGACACUUUCCGUAACUUCCUCCUCGCCAAAAUCAUCAACGCGGAAAAUGCGGCGCACAAGUCCGAGAAGUUCCACACCAUGGCGACGCGGACGAGGCAGGAAUACCUGCGCGACCUGGCCGAGAACUACAUCAGCAGCACCCCUUUGGACUCGGCCGGCAAACUCAACAACCUCAUCUCCCUGGCGUCCAAGAAACGCGAGCGCUCCAAAGCGCGGGACGCCGCCGAGCUGGGGGCCGCCGGGGCCGUCGCUUGGAGGGUCCUGGCGCAGGACUUCAGCGGCGGCGGCGCUGAGCUCCGCUGCGCCUUGGGCUUUUCCGCCGAAUACGUCCUCCUGGUGGACUGCUCCACCAAAGAGGUGGUGUUCAACUGCUUCUGCGCCGACGUGAUCGGCUGGACGGCCGAGCGCUUGGCUUUGAAGAUCUUCUACGGCAGAGGCGACCACAUCGCCGUGCGGGUGCUGGAGGGAUGCGCGCAAGACAUCAGGGAAAUGGUCCAGAGGUUGAAGUCGCUGACGGUGGGAUGCGAGACGGUGGACAUGACGCUGAGGAGAAACGGACUUGGCCAACUGGGCUUCCACGUGCGCUUGGACGGCACCGUGGCCGAGGUGGAGGAGUACGGCUUUGCCUGGCAGGCGGGCCUGAGGCAGGGCAGCCGCCUGGUGGAGAUCUGCAAAGUGGCGGCGGUGACGCUGACCCACGAGCAGAUGAUCGACCUGCUCAGGACCUCGGUGACGGUCAAAGUGGUUAUCAUCCCCCCGUACGAAGAAGGCGGCCCGCGGAGGGGCUGCACGGAGGAAUAUGAGAUGAAGACAAUGGAGCAGAAGCCCGAAGCGGAGCCUUUGGCGGCGGGCUACCGAGCCUCCCCUCGCUCGGGUUGGUGCUGGGACAGCCCGCCUGUUCCUCAGGGGCUACUCGGCACCCCCAACCCGCAACGAUGGGCCCCCAUGGGCCCCCCACUGGCGCCUCCGCCACUGCGUUCCUCCCACAAGGCUUUGAUGCCCGUUCCCUACAGGGAACCUCAGCACUUCAACUCCAAGAGACCGGUCAGCUACCCAGAGAACCACUACAGCAUCUCAUCACCUGCAGGAGGUGAUCGAUUACUCCCGUACAGAAACCCCUCAGCCAGCUUCUCGUCGCCCUCCUCGGGCCUGGUGGGCCUCCCCACCAUGGGGCCACCCGGAAUCUCACCGGGGCCCUUUGUGCGCUACAAACCUUCACCGGAUAGAUAUGGAACAGGACAGCGUGCCCUGCUGCCCUUCGAGCCCCACUUUGGACACAUGGACAUCAUGUCCAGCGGAGACUCGUCGUCCGGCUUCACCAGUCAGGAGAGCACCAUGGAGCGCUGCAAAACCGAACCCAUCUGGCAUGUUCCAGUGGUAGCGUCCAGGGUGCAGGCUGUUGCUGGUGGUGGAGGAGGAGGAGGGGGCCAGAGGAGACUGAGACCGGACGCCCAAGGGAAAGACUCCCCAAACAGACACUCAAAGGGUGAGACCCAGUACUCCAGCCCCUCCAGCAGCAACACGCUGUCCAGUAACGCCUCCAGCAGCCACAGCGACGAGCGCUGGUUCGACGGAGGAGCGGCGGGCGACAGAGGAAACGGGGGGUUCCCCAGCGACCCCGCCGAGCCCGAUCCCGAUCACCUUAACAAGGGCGGAUCCAACGACAGCGGCAUCGACGCGCCCGCCUACUACAACAAUCACAACGGUCGGCAGGUUUCGGGCGCUCCAUCCCAGAAGCCUUCGCACGGGUCCAGCCCGUACAACCCGGAGCCGUCCAUGAGAAGGGGUGGCGGCGGGGGGGACGCCAAGAAACGAGAAUCAUCAACCGACUUUUCGGCCACUGCCCGUCAGAACAAAGGGUAUCGCACCCGGACCUUUCCUCCUAAAUCCAGUGCUGACAAAAUGGACACUUUCAAACCAAGAGCCUACACACCUCAGGGUUACACCACUCCCACGGCGGACAAAGCACGCCCCGCCCGCGCCUCCACCACCACACCCACGUCGGCGCACCUGAGCUCCACCCCUCUUUCUAGCUCCGCCCCCAAAGCCUUUUACGGAAAGAGCAGACAGAGCACCUUGCGGCCCGAAGACGCCAGCCCGUCGCCUUCUAACGCAAACGCCUCGUCCGGCUCUGACGGCGGCAACAGCAAAAUUCAGGUGGACGUGAACUCCAAGAAUGUGUUUGGACAACCGCGACUGCGAGCGUCUCUGAGAGACUUGCGCUCUCCGCGACGGACGUACAAGAGCACCAUCGAGGACGAUCUGAAGAAACUGAUCAUCAUGGACAACCCGGGAGAGUCUCCGCAGCGGGAUCCGUCUCCCAGGCGCACGCUGCAGCGCACCUUUUCCGACGAGUCUUUGUGCAGCGGUCGCAGGGACGCCAGCUUUGCCAACUCGGAAAACCGCUCGGCCCCCGUGGACAUGCUCUUCACGUGCACGCUGCCCGUACGCAAGCACUCUGCCUCCUCCAAUCACUCGCAGACCAAGAAGGUGCCGCUGUCUGGGUCGGAAUUGUCCCUCACUGAGGUGAAAGACAAAGUCCCCCCGCUGAGGAGGCUGGAUCCCGGUCUCAUGCCCCUGCCUGACACGGCCUGCGGACUAGAGUGGUCCAGCCUGGUCAAUGCUGCCAAAGUCUACGAAGUUUUUCUACUUCCAGCGCAAAGAGCCGUGUCGCUCUUCUCCCUGACCGAGACGCGUGGAGAAGGCGUGGACAUGAGGCCUGCCGGCAGUCCUGUGCAGUUUCCCACUCCUCAGACGCCACGGACCACGCCCACCUUAAGCGGCGACGAGGCGCCCAACGAUUUGUCAGGGCGUCUGUACCACCUGGAGGUGAUGUUGAAACAGCUCAACAAUGACCUGGAAAAGGAAAAGCACGACAAGGUCGCCCUCAUGGCCGAGAUGGCCAACCUGCGCGAGAACAACAUGCGGCUGCAGGAGGAGAGCGUAACAGCCGGCGAGCAGCUGCGCAAGUUCAACCGACUCUUUGACCACCUGGGCGAGGGCGGGCGCGACGCACACCCCGCCGUGCACCAGGUGGCGCCCAAAAGGGAGUGAACUGCCUUAAAACUGGAACCCCCCCCCAACCCAGUCCUCCCUCUGAGCCGCUUCUUUUUCUAGGUCUUGGAUGUUUGGUUCCUAUGUUCAAGGAAACCGUUUGAAUCACCUCGAGAGGCCUAAAUACGGUUCCUGCAAUCCAAUCAGGCAGAAACAGCGUGAUCGACUACAUCUCCCACAAUGCACUUGAUGGUCCCGGAAGCUCGACACAUUCUUAAGUACCUGUUUGACCUGUUUAUAUCAUUUGUAUCGUACUGAUAUUAUUGUUGGAAUAAUUAUUGUUGGAAUAGAAGAGUGUGCGCGUGUUUAUACGACGACAAGUGGGUGAUGAACAAACUAGUUUACGGAAAACUCGUGGCCCUUCAUCGUUUACAAUGAGGACCUUUAGUACUGGAGAUAGGCAUACAGUUCUCGGAGGCACCGAACUGCACUUGCAACAUUCACCAAAUCUUUUUGCGCUCAUUUACUUGUGUUUUCUAUAGCUUUUAGCACUAAUUAUCUAUUUUAAGCAUUGAGCUAACACAUAGCCACAAAGCUAAUUGGGCAGCUUUGAGUGUUUUUCGUGGCUUGUACCUGAACUAGCUACCUGGCUAAUUAGCAUAUUUCACUCGCGUCUUAACGUUCUUUUAUCGCUGAGCUAAGUGAUGUUUUCUGCGGCUUUUCCGGCUAACUAACUCGCUAAUUGAUAUUUCUUGCUAAUGUCAUAAUUCAUUUCAUCAUUAAGCUUACACGUCCCAAGCCACACUUGGUGAUUUAGAGCAUUUUCAAUAGCUUUGAGCGUAAAUUAGCAUUUCCCACCAAUGUCUUCUCCAUGUUUUAUCAGAGAUAAGUGGGUGACUGUUAGCAUUUGCGAUGGCUUUGCGCACUAAUUAGCUUGCUAAUUAGCAUUUGCUACAAUGCAAUCAUUUUAAUCAUUGCGGCAACGCCACAAGCCAUAUGGGUGACAGUUUAGUCAUCAACCCCUCUUAACAAUAAGCUAAGCUAGGCUACUAAAAACAAUGUGUUCUUUCUCCUACUCUAUCCCAAAAAGUAUAUAUAUUUUCUUUCCAGAAUUUCAACCUAUUUCUAUACUCGUCUUUGUAAAAACAAAAAUGGCAAAUUGUGCUUCUAUUAUCAUUUACUGUACACCUGGGAGACAAAAUGCAUCUGUGAAAACUCCUAUUUAUAUACUGUUGAUCUAUUUUUCAUACAAAAAGACAGUUUUGUGCUUUUCGGCUGCCGGUACUUUUUGAUAACUCCGAUAACACUGUUUGCGAUGACUGGAACUGUUUGAAUACUUGGCCCAGGUUCCUUAUGAUACUGGACCUAAAGGCUACACCGCCACAGGUACUAUUUGAGGAUAUAAAAAUAGCAUCUAGCUCUUUGCCAUUCUGGCUUUCCCUUUAAGGCUUCUUUCUUCUGGUGGGAAAUGUUGAAUAUGACGUUUGGCAAGUCUGGGUUUCCCAACCCUGCAGAUGAAAAAUCACAUUAAUUCCUCCGUGGUGUCUUCAUCUUGUUUUUCUCAUGUAAAAAAAGGGUUUUUCUAAAUAUAAUUGCUUUUUUUUUUUUAAUGUAUGAUGAAGCUAUUUAUAGCCUACGGUGAUCCAUGUUGAACAAAUCAGUAACGGUAAUGUACAAUUUUCCUUUCUAUGUUUUGAUAAUUUAUUUUUUGGUUGUAACGCAUACAACAGUGAGGAUGUGAGGAGCAGGUACUGUUAUUAUUGGCUCUGGGUUGUAACAAGUGUACAUUUAAAAUGUAAAUUAUGUUUUCAUUUUAUAAAAAAAAUAAAAUUAAUUCUUAAAUUUU